CUAAGAACGACGACCUCCCAGGGGACGGCUUGCUCUUGACUGGCAGUGAACCUAUCAACAGGCCACUUGGCUACCUACCUACGGAAGACAAGAUCCGCAUUAUGAACAAAGCCAUGCACAUUUUCCGACUUUUCAAUUGGUGCAAAAUACAAGGCUGUCAAAGCAAUGAAAUGUCUCUCUCCCUCUCUUUUCAUUAGCGACUUUAUCUUUUCGACCUCGCUGCUUUUCUCCUCUCGCCCUUGGCAGUCUACAAGACAUCCCGAUGUACCUACAUAGGUACAGGUACUCUCCGAAUCCCGUACAAGUAAGCCGGAAGAAGCACAAAACAGUCGAGUACUCGCGGUUAUCAGCUCCAUCCGGGGCUACCAGGACCUCGUAUUUAAUUGCUUUGCUGUACGUCAACGGCAUGGGUAGUACAUUACCUACAUCAUACUACAUGUAAAUUCUCUGGCUUGCGCUUUGUGGUAAGAUAAGUAGUCGCUCGUCCACAACAGACAGACAGAUAGAUACACUAUA